AUGGCCUAUCACCCCAACAUCGCCAGCUGGAUAGCCCAACUCGACAGUGAGCAAAAGCAUGUCGACGACACUCUGGAGCACUCGCCCGAGAACUAUUACACGUCCGCCUAUACCACGACCGAGCACGAAGCCCCUCCACCCCUAGAAAUGGCCGCAACCCGCCAGCGCCAGUCCACCACCAACGGAGUCGUUCGAUCACCGCCCAAGUCUACACCUCGAUCGGCUUCAGGGCCCGCCUCCUCGCCCGCAGCGACUCGCUCUUCCCCGCAAGUGUCCAACAAAGUAAAGGUUCUGGCAGAGAGGUUUGAGCGCUCGCCUGGUGGCGGCUCUGCAGCGACGUCCCCAGCCGUCCGCUCGAGAUCUCGCGAACCAACGCGAACCAGACCUCACGACCCGGCCAGACGUGCGAAUACCUCACAAUCUUCCACAGCGUCUGCUGCACGCUCGAGCAAGGAGGCGUCGUAUGGGGCCUACAAGUUCAACAAUCUGAAGCCGCGAGAAAGACCACAACCCGCUCCAGCAGUGCCUCGAACUGCGCGCCGGACAAAUGGCAGCAGAAGCAGCAUAGACCAGCAGAUUUCCCCGACGCGGAAGGACGUCUCUUCGCCAAAUCGAAGGCCAGCCUCGAGUGGACGUCAGCCGUUCUUUGGGGAGGUAGUCAGCGGGCAACAUAUCACCUCGCCAGGAUUUGGCAUACCAACUUUCGAAAACACGCUCGGCGAUGAAGCAACACCAGGCCCCGCACACGGCACAGAGAUCAUAAUGGACUCUUCGGCCGAGGGUGCGCGUUUGCCUGCCACAUCAUUCAGCUCGUCCCAUCAUGUACGGUCGGCUAGCGGUGCGACGUCUGUAUUUGCAGAAGACGGACAACAAAAGCAGCCUUCAGAACAUGGCACACUACAGUCCCCUCACUGGAAGUCUCCUCCCCCAUCCAGGAUACCAAUAGCCUCACGACGUUUGAGUGCAGCUUCAGAUUCUAGCUCGUCAACCCGCUCAGUACGAUAUACUCCUACGCGCGCAAACAAUUAUAGUAACAGAGCAUCACCAACCCGACUGCACAAGAAGCUGGUAGGUGCGAGUGGUGCUACAAAGCCGAAUGGCGCGGACCUAUCAACAUUACCCGCAUCAGCUUACCGCGGAUAUCGAGAGCGAGGAAAAUCACCUCUGGGGUCACGAAGUGGACCAAGCGUACCAGCUGUUGUGACUGCCCCGCCUACACCAACGUCGCCUCGGUUACGGAAUUCGAGGGAGAGGCAACCGUUACAGCCACCUCCAAACUCUCGCUCAAGAAGUACUGACCCUCAUGGUGAGCAAGGUUACUUCCCAAUGGGUGACACUUCCGACGCGCACCAAGACUCCUUGCGCGACAAAGUACCUAUAGCGGCUGGCGACCUUCCUACACUCGAAUCUUUCACUGAACCCCACGAGCCACGCCAACACCCAGAACACCUGCCACAGGAGGAGAAUUACUAUCCGACACCAUUUGAACAUCAACGUCUAAGCAUCCAGACCUCUAGUCUGUCACUACCUCCAGUCCUUCAGCCCAUGUCCGCCACUACCGACUUUGAAGAGUCUCCCGUCUUGGGUAUACCUGGGAGUUUCGUGUUGACACCCCCAACAGCGCACGAGGAGCCCGAGCAACACCUCCUUCAGCCUGCUGUAUUUCAUUCGUCUGGAAGAGAUCAUGCUCUCGGAUCACCGGAUAUUGAACAAUCAGAGCUGGGGGUUAGGGAGUCGAUACCGAUCAUGCUGGGCGAAGACCAGUCAACCAAUACGUGGGAGCCCGCCUUUGAUGAGCUUAGUGAAGGCCUACAAGCGCUGUCACUCGGUCACCAGUCAAAUCUCUACGAUGUUAGGAACCCUCAGCCCGCGUCUCGCUACGAAUUUGAAGAUUCACCCAUAGACACAUUCCCUAACCGGGAAACACUGCGCCCCGACGACUCCGCUAGCAUCGCCCCAUACCGAACACAAGGGUCUUUAGCGUCUAGAAGCGAAACUUAUAGUGUUGUAAACUCUGUGCUCAACAUGUAUCAUCAGUCACAGGUCAUCUCACCAGAACUAGCAUCCAUUUCAAGAGAAAGAGUACAGCAAGUGUCGCCAGUAAUUGCACAGCACAGGGAUUGGGCGUCGAAGGAAGCUACGGAGACUUACCUUGCUCGGUUAUUGAGUGAUGCCAAUGGGUCGGAGAACGAUGUAGCGCGAGAACAACCUAGCCAAACGACGUCUUUGUCACGGUCGGGUUUGCAUGGCCCUCAAAUGAGCCAUGAGCCGUCGGAUACCGAAGUUGGAGGUACAGCGAUCAUUUUCCCAUCAGAAUCACGACGCUACUCGCGUGGCUCGGGUGGUUCUACUACCACAACUAUCCAAGACGACGCCUCACGCUCUGGGAGCUCAUUUGGCAACCCAUCGCACGAUUCACUAUUGCAGAACUCAACGAUUGACCCCACGCCGGCUUCGGCGCCAAAUGGCCUUGAACUGCCACAGCUGGCAUGGACCAAUGGUGGCCUUGGCCUUUCAAUACAGAACGUGUUGCCUCAUUCACCUCCGUCGCAACACGCUCCUCCCCGCCCCGCUUAUUCCCCCCCGCCUCCCCCCGCCAAAUCACCCAUCGACCAACAAAUAGCUUCGCUAAACAAAUCGUUUAUCUCCGCUCCGCAUAAUCAAUUAGGGAGACCUUCGCUCAGUGACGAGCAAUUCGCGAUGCAUCCUGCUCGCUCGCGCACUCCAGUCAUUCAAACUCACGAACAGAGUCUUGAAGAUCGCUACGGCACUCCGCAACCGGUGGAAAGUGUCAGCAAAGUGUCAGCAAAGGGCGACAAAAGUGAUAGCGAUCAACCUGAUCCUGCAAAACAGGCCCUGAUAAAACGGUACAGGAUUCUAGAGGAGUUACUUACUACCGAGCAUCAGUUCUGCAUUGACAUGAUGAUCGCUCACAAUAUCUUCGAAGCGACGGCCCAGAAUCUAAUGAGUGAGAAGGAAAAGAAGCUAUUAUUUAGCAACUGCAAAGAACUCGAGAAGUUUUCGCUCUCCUUGUUUCGGUCAUUCAAGAAGUCUGCCAAGCCUGUUGUCAACUACGACAUACCACCCCCAACUGGUCCUUGGAACCGUGAUCCGUCUGAUACCCGGCCUUACAAUCCUUCAGAUACGUCUCUGCACCUUCGCCGACCGUCUGAAGAUGCCGAAAAUCAGUUCGAAAACUGCACACUGGAGAAUGAUCGCCUGACGACUGUCGGCCGGGUCUUCCUCGAAAAUAGGGAGAAGAUGGAGCGGCUGUACACAACGUAUUUCCUUAAUCAGGAUAAUGCGAGCGCCUACAUCAAGAAGAACCAUGGCAACCCUGAACUUAAUACUUGGGUCAUUGCAUGCUUCGAGCAGGUAGAGAACAUGACACAGGCCUGGGAUCUGGAUUCGCUUCUGCUCAAGCCAUGCCAGCGCCUACUCAAAUAUCCGUUACUCCUCCAAGGACUGGAAGAAGCCAGUGACCCCGAGCAUCCCGACUUGCCAUACAUCAGAGAGGCCCGAAAAGAGCUCCUAGCAAUCAACGGGCGUAUUAACGAAGCCAAAGCGCGCUCCGAUACGUUUCGCGCCGCUGCAUCUGAGGGCAAAAAGGAAAAGAAAAAGGGGACAGGCCUGGGUAAAACCUUUGUCAAGGCUUUCAUCCCUAAAGUGGACAAGAGCAAGGCGUAUGAUGAGGCUGAUAAGACAUUCAAAGACCAAGAGUACAAGUCGAGAGAACAAAAGUUCGGGGGCCACUUCUUUCAGCUCCAAAUCGUCAUUCGUGAUUUCGAGCAGUAUCUCGACGCGAUUACGGAGCAUUAUCUGCAGCUCAAUAUCGUGUUCCUGGGCUUCAUCACAGUCUGUGAGGUUGCUCCGUCAGUGUAUCCUGAGAUCGAAAGCACUUGGCGGAAGUGGGCGAUGGCUCAUUUCGAGCUCCAGAAUAAAGCCCUCGAGGAGCACAAAUCUGCUGUUCGUGCUCGUGUGCUAAAGCCAGUCGGAGAUCUUUGGGAAAUGUGGGUAUCAUACCAGAAGACAAUCGAGCAACGUAAAAAAUUCUUGCUAUACUAUGUCAAGCACAAGCAGGCCGUCGACCGAGGAGAGAAGGUCGAUCCUGAUCUUGAGGAGUCAGCCAACAAGUUCACUACGAUCAACGAUACGCUCAAGCAUGAGCUGCCGCUACUCUACGAGAGGACGAAGGGUCUCAUGCGCACGCUCAUGACACUCUUUAUGUGCCUUCAGAAGGAUUGGUACAAAACUUGCUCGAAAAAGAUCCUACCGCUCCUGGAAAGCGAGCCCCAACACACGACCUCACUGCGCUACGACCUGGAAUCCUACGUGGAGCGCUUCCACUCAGAUUACAAGCCAAUGCAAGAUCUUGCAAACAGACUGGGCAUCGUCAAUCGUAAUCUGCUGAUCGACAUCUCGAACAUGACUUCGCCUGUGCCGACAAUCUCCUCUGACGGUGGCGGCUCUUCUCGCAAUUCCUCCUCUCGCCGCACCGAGUCAAUGGGCAGCGAAGCUUCGCUUCUCGACUCGCGUAACCGUAACAGCGGGGGUUACGGUCCACGACCACAUGUGCGAAACUUCGACAACCCGCCACGCUCGUCUCCAGCUGGCCCCGCAUACCCGUCGCUCUUUCAAGGCGGUGCAGCAGGUCGGAAUGGGCCUGGGCCGACCUCUCUACGCGAAGCUCGAGCUCUUAGCCCAGUGUCCGACAAUAGCGAGGCUACAGUCAUCCACAGCGAACGCCGUAACACGGGGCCCUCUCGCAAUCACAAUUACCUUGGCCUUGACGGCGCUGUCGACUUCGAGGAUCGCUCGCCACUCGGAACCAACACAUUUGAUUUCCCACCUCAGCUGGGCCCUUCCUUCCUCUCGCCCACAGCACAAUCCCUCCAGCACUCCAACUCAGCACCUACAUCGCAUACUACCUCACUAACCGGCUCAUCACGCGCAUCGGGUGUCUUUAAUUCAGCGCUUCCAAUGUCCGAUUCUCCUAUUCGCAGUAGCGUCGAAGAACUUCCUACCACACCCGCUGAUACAGAGGAGCCAGAGGUCUUGUUCCUCGCUGCAAGUCUAUUCGAAUUCAAUAUCGCACAUGAUCGCCGCGAAGGCGGUAUUCCUUACCUGGUCUACGUACCUGGCGAGAUCUUCGAUGUCAUUGGUAUGAAGGGCGAGUUAUGGCUUGCGCGAAAUCAGGACGAUACCACAAAGACGGUGGGAUGGAUAUGGGAAAAGCAUUUUGCUCGUAUACUGCCCGAGGAUGCAUAG